AUGGCGCUUCAUGUGCUCGCAUCGGCUCUGUCCAAGCCCAUCGGCUUCGGGCAAUCCGCUUCGCUGGAUAAAGUAAGGCCUGGCGGGUUACGUUUUGGCUCUUCCCGCCUCCUGCUCGCCGUCGGCUCGCCCCUUCCGCCUCUUAGGAUCCGCACCGCAGUAGCGGCAGCCGAGACAAGAACCGAACCGCUAUUGGCGGCAGGAGAUGAGCUCAAAGUUCUGGGGACAUGGCGGAGUCCAUUCGCUCUACGAGUGAGGCUGGCACUCAACUUCAAGGGCCUGGGCUACGAGUACUUGGAGGAGGACCUCGACAACAAGAGCGACCUCCUCCUCCAGUCCAACCCGGUGACCAAGAAGCUGCCCGUCCUCAUCCACAACGGCGUCCCGAUAUGCGAGUCUCUCGUCAUCUUGGAGUACAUUGACGAGAAAUUUGCUGGCAUGGGCCCGUCCCUCCUCCCAGCCGACCUAUACGAACGUGCCAUGGCACGGUUCUGGGCCACCUACAUCGACAGCAAGCUAGUUGCCGAAUGGCUCAAGAUGUUCCGGGCCAACACAGAUAAGGAGAAGGCUGAAGCCACGAGAGAGGCGAUCGAGGCGGUGGAGACGCUAGAGGGGUUGCUCCUCUCCGCCGACGGACAGUCAAAGAAGCCCUUCUUCGGUGGUGACGACCCAGGGUACGUUGAUGUCGUUCUGGCCGGCAUGAUCGCGUGGAUGCAAGGCACCAAGGCACUUUGUGGUGUCGAGCUCUUGGAUGCUGCCAAAACCCCGCUACUGCUGGAGUGGACGGAGCGCUUUGCCGAACUAGACGCCGCCAAGUUGAUUAUGCCGGAUCUCGACAACCUCGUCGAGUUUGCCAAGGUCAAACGUGCCAAAAUGAUGAAUCAAAACUAA